GCAGCAGGUUACACACACAUCACUGCAUAGUGACUGCAACACACAACCAAGCACAAUGAGUGCAGAUGGAAAAAAGCAACUCCCUCCCUACAUCAUACCAGAAGGUCAAGGUCAAAGCCAAGGGGAUGGAGUGACGGUUUACAAGGUCCACAGCCCCUUCGAUUUUCAGAACCACGGGACCAACGCGGCUAAUGUCCAGCCAGUCUUCACCAGCGGAGGCGGAGGUGUUGGUUCAGGUCUGGAAAGUGGUGAUGGCAAAAGACGGUUUGUGAGCUACGAUUCAGCACUCGGGGAUUCUCCAGGAAUGACGUCCUGCACGUCCUGCCAGCAACAGGUCAUGACCAAUGUCACCUACAAAGCAGGGACGUACGCCUGGCUCAUGUGCUUACUCUUCAUCUGCUGCGGGUUAAUCCUGUGCUGCUGCCUGAUUCCCUUCUUCAUGAAGAGGUUCAAGGACGCGUACCACACGUGCCCCCGCUGCAAUAGAGUGCUGCAUGUGGAGAAGAGGAAAUGCUGUAAAUAAAUGACGAGCAUGAGGGGCAGAAAUGGACCCAUAGAAAUAUGAAAUAACAUCCUGUUACCUCUGUCUGUGUUAGGGAUGUUCAUGUUUAUUUCUAUGGAUGUGCAGUGGCAUAAGUCUAUCUGAUAUCAUACAUCAUAUUAUCUGCAAACAGACUGGGAGUGAUUGUAUUGUCAAGAGCUCUGACAAGUUAAAUCGAGCACGCCCUUUUUGCACUUUUUGUAAGCAGUUUUUUUUUUGUCUCAGCAGAGAAAAACUUGUUAAUCUUCUCAGAAAUAUAUGCAUACAUGAUGUUAUUAAAAUGAAGGCUUGUACAUACACUUCAACAAAUAUUCUAUUUUUAAAGGGAUUGUGGAUUUGAUGUAAAACAGACCAGUCUCCUAUUUUAAGGUAUAAAACAGUCCUAAAAAAAAGAAGCCAACGCCAACGAAAAAAACUAGAGACCUUAUUGUUAGUCAAAAAUUAAACGUAGACAAUAUUUAAAUCCAGUGUGACUCCUUUUAUAUUAUAUUUAUAUGUUUACACCUCAUUUAACUCUUUUAUUCUAAGAAAGAUGUCACUUUGAUGCAUAACAAUGCAAAGAACAAUGCAAUAUUAAAGCAAGACUACACAAUGAUGGGAGGUGUUCAGUGGCAGUCAGCGUAUUUGUUGAGCCAUCGAUCAAGACGCUGAAUUUUUUUAAAUCCUCUCGAUGACCAUCUCUGUGUUGAACUAACAUCUACUAAGAAAUACAAUAUUUUUUUUUUGUCUGAUUGCUUCGUUGUUCUAGCGUGUAUGAAAAAGAUUUCAAGAAAGCAGGAAAAUUGUUAUGUGGGAUGUGACUCGUCUGCACAUUUUCCACUAAAUGAAACCUAGUAUGGUUGGACUUCUGUUAUGUGC